UUUCAAUAUUUUAGUAUUUCUGUAACUUGGCAAGUAAAGAGUUUGAAUCAAUAGAAAAAAAUUCAAAACUCUUAACGAAAGGAUUUGUGUCGCGAAGAAAACGUCUUCAACGAAUAACGAAAGGAAAAAAUGGCCACAAGGGAUUUACAAUUGAAUUCCGGCAUGCGUUGUGCCAAAUAUAUGCUGCUCAUUGUGAGCUUUAUGUUUGCGAUCACAGCCAUUCUCCUGGUAAUGGUUGGCUCCACCAUCCAGGCCAUAUUUGGUGAUUUCCGUCAAUUUGUCGAUGAUCACUUCCUGUCACCGCCAGCCCUGCUAAUUGCCAUUGGCUUCAUUCUAUUGUUCGUUGCCACCCUGGGUGCCUAUGGAGCCAUCAAGGAAAGUGUUAUGCUCAUCAAUUUGUAUGGCGUUUGCCUGUUCUUGGUUUUCAUUUUGGAGGUAUCUGCCUCAAUUGCUGCCUUUGUAAUGCAAGGCCAAGUCCGUGAGAUGUUGGUUCGCACCAUGAACGAAUCGCUGGCCAAUUACGAGUCGAACGAAUAUAUCCAAGCCGGUGUGGACUUCAUGCAGUCCGGCUUGGAAUGCUGUGGCGUUGACGGUCCCCGCGAUUGGAUCAAUUUCAUUCAACAGUCCAACAGCACUGACAAUCGCAUCGAUGUGCCCUUGUCGUGCUGCGGUAUGUACAGCUAUGACCUGGAGAGUUGUGAGAAACAAUAUGAGAAUGGCUGCUUUGGACGCAUGGACUUUAUUAUCUCACAGAGUACCAUGUUGAUUGCCACUGGCGCCACCACGGUGGCUUUUGUGCAGCUCCUGGGUGCUCUGUGUGCCUUUAUGUUGGCCAAGACCCUGAGACGUAACAAGUCGAUACGCGAGGCCCGUCGCUGGCAGUUGCAGCAAAGUUUGGGCGUUCUCAUCUCGGGUGGCAAAAUGGCCCCACCCAUGAAUUCACCCAUGACCGGCUAUACCCAGUUGGAGAAAUCUGAAAGAUUCUAUGAACGGGAGCCCAUCGCCUAUACACCCAAUAGUCCCAGUGUCAACUAAAGCGGGAACGGAAGCUCGACGUUAUUUAAAUUAUAUACAGUAUAUACUUAUAUUUAAUAAUAUGACAUCUACACACACACACAAAUGUACUUAUUUGAUUGUAUUAAACAAAAAAAAAUUAAUUUCUUAUAAAAAAUUUACUUAAAUAAAAAGUAUUUUUUGUGGAUAGCUUUUCAAGCCAAAGCUGGUCCUAAACAUACAUUUUUUGAAGAACUAAACAUUUAUUUA